AUGGCCAACCUAGCGUCAACGUUCUGGAAACAGGGCCAGUGGGACGAGGCCGAGCAGCUCGACGUGCAGGUGAUGGAGACUCGCAAGAUGAAGCUCCGCGACGACCAUCCCGACACCCUGAAUAGUAUGGCCAACCUAUCCUUCACUUGGAAAUCUUUAGGUCAGUAUGCCGAAGCCCUUAAUCUGCUACGAAGUUGUUUAGCCAGGCAGAAGUAA